AUGACUGGUACCAUGUAUUUCAUCAAAAGUCAAAUGAACGGCCGUGUUCUUGAUGUGAGUGAAGGCUCGACUGAGGAUGAAGCCCCUAUCAUUGUCUAUUCUCAAAAGAGCGAAGAUUGCUUGAACCAAUUGUGGCGUUACGAAGAUGGCUAUCUCAUCAAUGCCAACUCUGCCAAGGCGCUUGAUAUCAGUGGUGGUGAAAUGCAACCCGAAUCUCCUAUCAUUCAAUAUGCUCAAAAGAUGUCUGAGGAAGCCGCUAAUCAAAAGUGGGAAAUUGACGAUGAAGGCUAUAUCUGUUGUGCUGCUCGCCCUGAUUUAGUCUUGGAUAUUGCCGAACGUAAUGACGAGGAUGGCGCUGCUAUUAUUUUGUACUCGAAGCGCGAGGGUGAGAUUGCCUCUAACCAACGCUGGUUCUUGGAGGAGUACUCUGGUUAA